AUGAGGCCAGCCUUAAUGAGAGAAGGCUACUCCAUCUUUCACCUUCGACGAUCAUCAGCAGCCACAACAACAACAACUACCACACGAUGCUUCAUCAUGAGUCGAUCCGUUUUGAUGGCACUCUUCAUGACGACACUUUUGUUCAUCUUGUCUUUGAAUGUGGAAGUGAGAGGUGAUUUUGUUGAAAAACAAAUUCUCUCAACCACGGACAAUGAUGGCACCUUCAAUAGAUUCGGUACCUCGAUAGCAAUGAGCAAUGAUGGUUCCUAUCUGGCUGUGGCAAAAUAUAUGAGCUCCGUUUACAUUUACUAUAGAAGUAGUGCAGCGUCGAGCUAUACUCUUCAGCAUACCAUUACCGGAAAGGAUUUUGUAACAAACCCCUGGGGAACCAUUGUUGGGUACACAACGUCGUUCAAUGGAAUUCAAUCCAUUUCAUUGUCAGGUGAAGGUACAACCAUUGCCAUUGGGGCACCAAAGUAUGGAUCCCGAGGAUGUGUUUCAGUGUUCACCAAAAGCCUCUACUCAAAUGAUUGGUACAAUCGACAAGCUGACUGUCUGACUGCCACCUUAUCGAUAGCAAGCGUUCAGCAAUACAAUGACCAAUUUGGAUAUUCUGUUGCUCUUUCCUCCGACUCUUCAUUACUUGCCGUUGGAGCACCUAACAACCGAGAGGGAUAUGUGUACUUGUAUUCAAAAUCGGGCACAACCUGGAGUUACCUAACAAUGCUUUCUUGCACAGACCCUGAAUAUCAAUUUGGAACUUCUGUUAAAUUCUCUGUAGAUACAAGCGUGUUGGUUGUUGGAGCCAAGUUCAAGAACAACGGACAAGGAGCGGUUUAUGUCUUCUCUAAGGGUAACAGUACUGUGUGGUCGCAACAGCAAAAAAUUCUUCCUUCUGACCUCAAAGGAGUAUACAAGUUUGGAAGCUCAAUUGCAGUUUCAAAGGGAGGAAGUACCAUUGCAAUUGGUUCUUGCGAGGAUUCAUUGAAUGCCACUGACGUUGCUGGGUCAGUUUAUGUUUUCCAAAAACUUGGUCAAGCAAAACAAUACACUCUCACUCAAAGACUAUGGGCCAAUGAUAGUGUCACGGGAGACCGAUUCGGAUGUAAUGUGGUCAUGUCAGCUGAAUCAGAGGUUAUUGUGGUCGGUGCACAUACCAGAUCGCAUUUAGACCGGACCCUUACAGGAGCUGUUUAUGUGUUCCGACAAGUGGAUGGAAAAGAGUGGGUGCAACAUCAAAGAAUUGUUCCCAAUAGCUCCAAGUCAGAUGAAAGCUUUGGAUAUGCAGUUGGUCUUUCGUUGGACGGUCAAACUAUUGCAUCCAGUGGAGUGAAAGCAACUGUGAAUUCAGUGUCCGACAGCGGAAAGGUAUAUAUUUUCAAAUAA